AUGGCGGGCAGCGACGGCGGCCCUGCCGCGUCCCCAGCCUCUCGCUACGAGCUCGGCGAGCUGAUUGGCAAGGGCUCCUUCGGCACAGUGCACCGGGGGUACGACACCGUGGCACAGAUGGAGGUGGCCAUCAAGCUGAUCGACCUGGAAGACAUCGAGGAGGACAUCGCUGAGAUCCAGCGGGAGAUCUCCAUGCUGAAGCAGUGCCAGAGCCCCAACAUCACAGCUUACUAUGGCUCCGCGGUGGUGCCCGGCACCAGCCAGCUCAUGAUUGUGAUGGAGCUGCUGGCGGCCUCGGCGGCAGACCUGGUGAGCGAGGAGACGGGCGGGGAGCCGCUGGGCGAGGCCUGCAUCGCGUUUGUGGUGCGCGAGGUGCUCCGCGCGCUGGCCUACCUCCACUCCCAGCACCGCAUCCACCGCGACGUCAAGGCCGCCAACAUCCUGCUGUCGCCCGAGGGCGCGGUCAAGGUGUCGGACUUUGGGGUGUCGGCGCAGCUCGGCGGCACAGUCGGCUUCAAGCGGCGCACCUUUGUGGGCAGCCCGCUGUGGAUGGCCCCCGAGGUCAUCGAGCAGUCCCCCGACACCGAGGGCUUCCGCGGCGACGCGGGCGGCGCCCCGCCAGACGGCUACGACGAGGCCGCAGACAUCUGGUCGCUGGGCAUCACCGCCAUCGAGCUGGCCGAGGGGGAGCCGCCGCGCGCGCACCUCGCCUCCUUCCGCCUGCUGUUCAUGAUUGUGCGGGACGACCCGCCGCAGCUGGAGGGCGGCCAGUGGUCCACAGAGCUCAAGGACUUUGUGUGGCAGUGCCUGCGCAAGGACCCGUCUGCGCGCCCGUCUGCUGAGGACCUUCUGGAGCACCCGUUUGUGGCUGGCGCCCAGCAGCCGCCGGAGCUGCGGGAGCGCGUGGCGGCCUGGCUGCAGCGCCGCCCCGCCCUGCUGGAGCGGCAGCAGGCGCGGGUGAGCGGCGGCGGCGGCUUCGGCACCGUGGGUGCCACGAUGCCGCGCUGGGACUUUGCGGCCGGCGGCGGCGGCGGCGGCGGCAACGGCACGCUGGCGGCGGCGCGGCCCGUCACGGCGCCGGGGGCCGGCGGCAUGCAGCGCACGGCGGCGGGGGCGGCAGACCUUGGGGGCACGCUGGUGCGGCGGCACACCGACGCUGAGCUGGCAGCAGCAGAUUACGGCGGGACAGUGCAGGUACGGCCUGCCGGCGACGCCGAGUUCGGCAUGCCGGUGGCGGCAGCCGCGCCGGGAGGCUUGGCAGCAGCGGCGCCGCCCUCCCGCCUGUUCAUCCCAAAUGAUCCCACGCAGCCCGACCAGCCGUUGGCAGCAGCGGCAGGAGGGUACCUGGCUGGCCCCGCCAGCGCUGUGGGCGGCGGCGGCGGCGGCGGCGGCGGCGACGGCGGCGCCACCAGGCAGCUGCUGCAGGCGGGCCUGCAGGCCGCAGCGGGCGGGCCGGGCGCCGGCCCCGGGGCGGCGGCCGCGGCAGAGACGGCGUCGGCGGCCCUGGGCCAGCUGGAGGCGGCUCGGCCUGGGGCGGUGCGGGAUGCGUUGACCGAGGUGCUGACGCAGCUGAGCCUGGCCAGCAGCCCCUCGCUGGCGGCACUUCAGGGCUCCGCGUCGGCGCUGUUUGGGGACGGCGGCGGCGCGGCGGGCGUCGGCGGCCAGCCGGGCGACGUGCCCGAGCUGGGCCCCCUGGGGCGCUUCCUCAUGUCGCGCUGGCGGGAGGCGGUGGCGCGGGAGCGCGUGCUGCACACCCAGCAGUGGCAGGCCAGCUGA